ACGCGAACACUUUUUCUAAAAAAAAAAAAAUCGUCCGAUUUUAUUUAUACCGAGACACGUGGUCGACGUGUUAUCAGUCGCCGCUUAGUGAGGUGUUGGAAUCUCGAACCGCUCGCACUUAAAUAAGUAGACUCAGCCGAGGAGUUGUCUUCAUUCGGUGUCGGUGCUGGCGGAAGACGUGUGAAAGCAAACCGAUAAACGUGCGAAACAGACAGACAGAGGAAAGUACCGUUGUGUCUGCAUCUAGUGACCUGGAAGUGAUGCUGUUUUGCCACUAAUUUUGACGUUUGCCAAAUUUCGCUACGUGUCAAGCGAUUUACGCCGAUUUUCACCACUUUUCUUCUUAUUUUUAAGUUGUGCACAGUCCGAUGUUGGAUUUACAUGAGUCUGUCGCCCCCAGUCUGGCCAUCAUGUCGAGGAAGAGGACCAGAAGCCGGUCGGAGGACAACGUCACGUCCACGAACCAUGUGCAAAAUUUGACGAACGGGUUCUGCAGCGCCGCCCCUUUUAGCGAGGACCCCGGGCCGACAAAAAUUCGCGAAGAAUGCGAUUACACUGUAAAAAUAACCCUAGAAAUGGCAAGGAGCGGCAACGCCCCACGUCCCGUAAGAGUGUACGCCGACGGCGCGUUCGAUUUGUUCCAUCAGGGUCAUGCCAAAGUCCUCAUGCAAGCAAAGCAGGCCUUUCCCAAUGUCUACUUGAUUGUGGGAGUAUCCAACGACGAAAUGCUGCACGAGCUCAAAGGCCGCACCGUCAUGACCGAGGAGGAGCGCUACAACGCAGUGCGCCACUGCAGGUACGUGGACGAAGUCCUGCGUGACGGCCCGUGGGAGUACUCGGACGAGUUCCUCGAGAAGAACAAAAUCGACUUCGUGGCCCACGACGACAUCCCUUACGAGGCCGAAAACACCGAGGACACCUACGGGGAGCUGAAAAAGCGAGGGAUGUUUUUGGCCACUCAGAGGACCGAAGGGGUUUCCACGUCGGAUAUAGUGGCCAGGAUAGUCCGGGAUUAUGAUAUCUACGUUCGGAGGAACUUGGCUAGGGGGUACUCAGCGAAGGAGCUCAAUGUGUCGUAUAUCAAAGAAAAGACGCUAAAAUUCCAGAACAAGAUGGACGAGUUGAAGGAUAAGGGGAAGAAUUUUAUUGAUACUAUAGGGGAGCGGACCGACGAUAUUAUAAUGAAGUGGAAGGACGAAUCGCGCGAGUUCGUCGAUAGUUUCUUGGAGUACUUUUUCAAGAAACCCAUGAGGAUCUGGAAGGAGUCGAAGGAGAAGUUGUUCAAGGCGCUGACUCCUCCCGGGACGCCGCAUUCCGGGACGGACGACGAGGACGACAGUCCUCCAAGAAAAGUCCGACGCGUGUGCUAGUUUUAUUGUUUUUAUAUUUUUGAUAUUUAUUAAGCUGUACUUAAUAGCGUUGACUGUAGUAAUUAUUUUAAUAAAUGUUAACGAAAA